GGAACCAAGAGCACACGAGCUGCUUUUUUUCCGUGCUGUUAAAGUGAAAAGAGCAAGCGGAUUGGAAGCUUCCACCUUUUUUUAAAAAACUUUUUUCUCUUUGUUGCAGAAACAGAUGCUUCUUCCUGUUCACGUGAGAGUGAAACAUUCACACUGUAGUGGUGCUGUGUUGGAGGCAGUUAUGCCGGAUGCUUAGGCAGACGUUUGACUGCAACAACGCCGGCUAACUUUCAGGAGUGGCUCAGCAAGAUCAUCGAGAUUGUAUGUUUAGUGAUUUACCGGUGAAUGCCUUCAGAGUAGUUAACAGUUUCAGGCAGAUAAUGAGGACAAAAUAUUUGUCCUGCAAUUUACUUUUUUCUGAUCUUUGUUUGUUAUUUUGUUCAGUGACUGUGGCUCGUUUCUCUGAAUUUCUGUUCACCUGUUUGCGAUGAUGUGUUAGGAUGACGUUUGGUCUUAUGACACAAAAGUGUCAAAGUACACAAUCUACAAAUAGCCUGUACUGGCAGGACCUUGUGAAAAGGGUGUUUUUUUCUGCAGUAAAAAUUUCUAGUGUUGAUCUUAAGUCUCUUACUCUUGCUUGAGCUGGGGCUCACUCAACGAAUGAAGACACAAGACCUCUUGGUUCAAUUCAAGCUUUCCAAAUAGAAAUACUUACUCGCCAUGUCCGGUGACUCAGACCCUUACAUCUUUUCCACUGACAUCUUACCAUCUGACCACCGCUUCCUCCCUCCACUGGCCAAUGGGCUUCUGGGAUGGAGGGUGUACAACGAUAUCAUGCACAUGGGUGGUGUGUAUAAUGGGGAGGGUGGACGGUGUCACCGAGCGGAUGUCCCCUGUCCUCUAGCCGUGGAGGUUGAGUCAGAGGAAUCAGUCCAGCACACCUACAGCCUAGACACCCACACAGGCAUUUUUACCCACACUCUGAGCUCAGCAAGUGUGACCAUCUCGCAGUCAUUGUAUUCACACCGAUACUACUCCAACCUGAUGGUGAUGGAGGUUCUGUUGGUGCGUCAGGUUACUUCAGAGGAGCCGGUCAACAUUAAGCUGGUCACUUCAUUCACACCUCAGAGCAAAGACAUAGUUUUCGAGUCUGGUCCAGAUUACAAAGGCGGAAGGCACAUUCUAGGACAGACAAAGAGUGCUGAGUACCCAGGAGGUUCCUGUCCCACAGUACACCUUAUCUGGACCCCCAUACCAUCCACUCUGACACUGCUUCCAGAGCAGAGCCAGGCUCGCUGGGGCUUCUUCCUGGCUGUGGCCAACAGUUUAGACACUGCUGAGGCCAGUUUUGAUCAGGGCCUGAGUCUGAUGGCAACUGGUAACCUGCGUCCGUCUCAUGAGAAGGCCUGGAAAGAACUGUGGCUGAAGAGCAAGGUAGAGGCAACAGGGUCAGAGAAACUCUGCAAGGCCGUGAUUGGCUGUAUGUUCUACCUCCUCAGUGCUUUUCCCUCCAUACAUGACACCUCCAGCUCUUUCGGAGGAGUCAGUCCCGGUGGUCUGUCUAAUGGUGGGGAUGGUCAGGACUACUGGGGCCAUGUGUUCUGGGACCAGGACAUUUGGAUGUAUCCUGCUAUAGCCCUUUUCUAUCCAAAGCUUGCCCGAGCUGUGCUGCAGUACAGGGUGGGGACUGUAGAUGGUGCAAAGUAUAAUGCCGAAAAACUGGGCUACAAGGGACUAAAGUUCCCAUGGGAGAGUGCUGUGUCAGGGAGAGAGGUGUGUCCAGUGGACAUUUAUGGACAACAAGAGAUUCACAUAAAUGGAGAUGUCACCCUGGCCUUCCAAAACUACCUCUACCUUACUGAGGAUCUGUCCAUGUUUAGAGACGGCCAAGCUAGUGAGGUGAUCUAUGGUGUGGCUGAUUACUGGGUUUCUAGAGUAACGUGGAACCCUCAGGACCAGAAGUAUCAUCUCUUAGGUGUUAUCCCACCUGAUGAGUAUUACUACAAUGUCAACAACUCUGUGUACACAAACACAGUGGCCAAAUUCAGUCUCCAAUUCGCUGUUGAUUUGGCUGCCCUCCUCCAACAUCCCGCACCAAUAGAAUGGCAAGAAGUGGCCGACCGGAUCAAAAUACCUUUUGACCAAGAAUCCCAGUACCACCCUGAGUAUGAUGGCUAUGUUAAAGGUCAUCCAGUGAAGCAGGCAGACGCAGUGAUGUUAGGCUAUCCACUUGGAUUGCCAAUGCCUUCAGAGGUCAGGAGAAAUGACCUUGAAAUAUAUGAGGCGGUUACAAACCCUUAUGGGCCAGCCAUGACAUGGAGUAUGUUUGCAAUCGGCUGGUUGGAGCUUGGCGAGGCUGAGAAAGCUUACCAUUUACUUGAGAAGUGCUUCAAAAACAUCCAGGGACCGUUUCAGGUAUGGAGUGAAUCAUCAGAUGGCUCUGGUGCAGUCAACUUCCUUACGGGUAUGGGAGGAUUCCUGCAAGCUGUGCUGUUUGGUUAUACUGGCUUCAGAGUUCAGAAGGACUGCCUGGCCUUUUCCCCACUUCUUCCCAAUGACCUUUCUGAGAUCUGCAUUCGUGGUGUGAGCUACCUGGGCUGUCAGAUGGACUGGCUGCUGAGGAAAGAUGAAGUUUGUGUCAUACUGAGGGAACAGGCAAGCGUUAAUGGCACUGCUAAGUCAUGUGAUCUACAGGUUGUCCUGAAGAAAUCAGGAACCAAAAUCCCUCUCAUGCCAGGGCAGCCAGUGACUUUUCCUCGAGAGCCUGGGUGUGUUUGUAAACUGCCUUCGACGUCUUUCUGUUGGCCUCUUUGAAACAGCAACAGUGACCGUCCUAAGCAUUUCAUUUACCCAGAUUAAAAAAGUAUGUCAAGCAAGUUAUUUUACAGGUAAAUCUAAAUUACUUUUAAGUUUUUACGCUUCCAUUCAUUUGAGCAACCGUGGAUAAAAUGGAUGAAAUAAGUAGCUGUAUGUAAGACAGCGGUGCUACAAAUAAGUGCUUUGUUUGUUUUGAUAUUAUCAAAAGAAAAUGAAAAAGAACAUUUUCACAACACAUUUGUCAACUCAGUGGAUCUUGCCGCUGGCUUGUAGCACUGUGGAGGACUAUGACCUACGAAACCAUAAACCAAUUAGAUUGUAUUGUAAAUGAAACGUAUUCAAAUAAAACAAUUGACAUUCAGU